CAUAUGCUUCUCAAUUUUAUUCACAUCAGAUCGUGUCCCAGUUUGUAAAGAAUGGUCUCGCUUCGUUGUUCUGCCAGUCCUUUCCAAUCUACCCUAGGGUUUCAUCAUCCGAGUUGCAGGGCUGACUUUCCCGCCAUCACCGUCCUUAAGCUUGGGUUCACUAUCCCUCCUACUCCUACCGCUUUGAAUUUCAGGGUCAAGAAUGACAUAAAAUUGCAAUUAAAACGGAGGUUGCUUAGGCCUUCUGCAUCAAACACCAACCCUUCAGAUGGAGACUCUCUCAAAGAAGAACCAGAUGGUGGGAGAAAAACUGGUGAUGCCACCCAAGGCCCUCCAUUCCUUACUAUUUUGGCUGGUUUGUUGGUCUUUUUUGUCAUAUCUUGGGUCAUUGGUUCCAUUGUUAUGUGGCUGAUUGGCCUAAUUGUCCAUCUGCCUCCUAAAUAAGGUUGUGCUUUCAAUGCCAUCUCAAUAUUAAAAAAACUUGUACAAAUUGCUAUUAAUCCUGGCUCAACUUAUUCUAUUGGAUUGCAUACUUUCCUCUU